AUGGCUGGAUUAACCCACCAGGGGGCCCCAGGGCCCAAAUCCUUGCAGCCUCUAACUCUGCGUGUCAUCUGCAAUGUGAAUUCAGUAUACUGUGCUGAUAUUGAUGCUUUUUGUGUUGGGCCUGUAUUACUGGAGAGAACGGUCUUCUUCACCUCCUUCUUUGAGAAGAUCGAAGCCCAGGAGGAGGCCAAAGAUCCUCAGGCCAUAGAAGAAGCAUUUGUGCCGGUCAUCAAUUUGACAUUUGAUGGAAUAAAGGUGGAUUUAGUCUAUGCCCAGAUGCCACAGUAUUCUCUCACACUCAACCUUCUUGACGACAUGUGGUUGAAGGAUAUGGAUAAAGCCUCUGCCAGGAGUCUCAAUGGUUACAGAGUCAUAGAGGAAAUCCUCUGACCUGUGCCGAACGUCUCAAACUUCAGGCUCGCUCUGAUAAGCAUCAAGUUGUGGGCCAAAAGACGCAACAUUUACUCUAGCAAGCUGGGCUUCUUGGGCGGGUUAUCCUGGGACAUUCUAGUAGCCAGAAUUUGCCAGGUUAAUCCAAACGUGACAGCAUCCACCCUAGUGAUGAAGUUCUUCAGGGUCUACUCCAUGUGGUGA